AUGCCGUCCAUUAUUUUUUCUCUGGUAUUAUUAUUGCUGACUAAUUUUUUUAUUCAACCAACAACAUGUGCUUUACCUACCUAUAUACAAAAUCUUGAACUUGAUGAUAUUACAUCACUCGUAGAUAAAUUUCCAACAUUAAUUAACAAAAUUAAAGAAGCUGUAAAUCGAUUUCGUUGUCCAAAAGGAUGGAGACGUUUGGGUGGUUCAUGUUAUUAUCUAUCUGAUGUAAGAUCAACAUCAACUAUUGCCAAUGAUACUUGUAAUCAUUUACAUUCAAAUCAUUCAAAUUUAAUGCAAAUUCGUAAUGCAGUUGAAUUAUUUUAUGCAGCUCAUGUUUUAACAAAAAAUAAUUUAUCAUCAUUAAUGAUUGACAUAGAUCCAAAUUUAUUGAAAGGAAAGACAAUUGCACAAAUAUUAAUGGAAGAUCAAGGUCGAUGGCAACGUAUGAAAGAUAAAUUUCGUGACAUGCGUAUUCGAUAUUAUAAAUUAAAAGCUAAAAUUGUUGAUGAAUUAAAUUCAGCUGGUUUACGUAUAUCAAGACGUUCAAAAAAAAUAAAACAAUCAACAAAAAAAUAUAAAGAAAAAAUUGUUCCUCGUCCUAGUCAUUCUAAUAACGAUUAUAAUUAUGAUUAUUAUGAUGCACAAAAUAUAACAAAUUCUCUACAUCCUAAUCGUACAACAACAAUUGAUGAAUAUGAAUAUGAUGAUCUUGAUUCUGAAGAUGAAAAUGAUGAAUUUGAACAAUAUGAUGAUAUUCAGGGAAUAUGUGAUCAAGUUGAUUGGAAUGUUUUAAAUAAUGAUUCUACAGUUUAUAUUCUAACAAUUUAUUUAAAUUCAGGAAAAAUACAUUGUUCAUUAAGUAAUGUUGAUCCUAAUAUAGAAUAUGAUCAUGUUUGUGAAUAUGUACUCGAUUUUUGCUUUGCUAAUAUUGUAUGUGGCAAACAUGGACAUUGUGUAAAUACGUUAUCAGGUUUCAAGUGUUCUUGUUCGUUUUUAUAUGGUGGUCUUCUUUGUGAAAAAAUUUCAAAACAAGGUCAUCAAAUUAUAAUUAGUUUGGCUAUUGUUACUUUUCUUUAUGCAUUAUCAAUAAAACCAAUUCGAUGGUUAUUACAACGUGUACUUACAUUACUUUGCUUUUUUUGUAAAGCUUGUGGUAAAAGAGAAAGCAAGAAAAAAUCAAUUAAAAAAGCUAAAAGUAAUGAAGAUAAACAACAAUUGGUAUCUACAAAAAAGAAAGACGAAGAUAUUGAUGAUGAAGAAAUAAAAGAACAAUCCAGUAUUGAAGAACAUCGUCCAAGUAUUGCAGCAGAAAUUCUAGCAUUUUUGGUACCAUCAACUCCUGAUCCAUUAAAAAAUCCAAAUAAACGUGAUCUUAGUCGAACAAUUUGGGUUGGGACAUUGAUUAUAAUCUUUUUAUCAUUAUUAUAUUCUAUAACAACAUUAACACAUUUUUCCUCAUUUAAAUAUGAAAUAACUGAUGAAACACAAUUAGAAUUAUUAGUUAAUGAAACAAUUCGUUUGGUAGCACAUUGUGAACGUAUAUCAAAUUCUCGUCUAGGAAAUUUAGUAUUUUUUCCGAUAGCAGUUUGUUUAAUAGUUAUUUUUUCAUGGUCAGUUAAACGAGAAAGAAAAUGUUUAAAUAUAUGUGAUGGUCGACCAGGUGUUAUACCACCAAUUGAACCAUUUCGUACAACAAAUCGUUUUACAACAGCAACAGUUUUUGGAAUUCUUUCAUUUGAAGUAUUAAAAAUCUUUGAAGAAUUACUUUUUAGUGCAGGUGAUCCAUUAAAUCAUGGUGUACUUGUUGAAUUAAUUGAACGAAUAGCUAUUGUUAUUCUUGUUGGAGUUCGAUAUUAUCCAGUACUUGCUUCUUUACAAUUACGUAAUGUUAUUUCACGAUUAUUUAUUUGUCUUUAUAUAUUGGGUGAUAUUGUAUUUGCAAUUAUACGAGAAGGAUCAUGUAUGGGUUUUCUACCAUUAUCAAGAUAUUAUUCAUCUAUAGAAGAAGCAAAACUUCGAAUGGUAUGUUAA